AUGGCCUCCCAGAAGAACGGCGACAUCCGGAGCUUCUUCACAGGCUCACAGGCAUCAAAGCCGCCAGCCUCGUCGGCGCAAAGCCCCAAGGCGCCAGCCACGGUGCCAGGAACACCAUCAAGACGGGCCAAAGAUGGAUCUGAAUCUGGAUAUGCCUCUCCCUCACCAUUCCCCGAUAUUCACUCCUCCCCUCCCUCCAUAAGUUCCCCGACUCCGCGAGCACCCAUCAGCCGCGACGCUGUCAUCGCAGCCUCUGACGACGAGUUCUCCGACUCGGACGACGACUCGCUGCCGGACAUCCUCAGGCGCAACAAUGGCCCGACCCUGCCCCGAUUGCCAAGGCCAGAAGCAGCAGCAGCACCGGCUGCCCCGCCCGGCCUGCUUGCGACGCCGCGCGCAAAGCGGACCGCCGCGGCGCACGAGUUCCACUCCUCGCCGCUCACCAUUCAGAGCAAGAAGCAGAGGCAGGACUUGAGUGCCCUGCUGGAGUUCACACGCAAGGACGAGGAGAUCCGGGCCUCGGCGCAGCGCUUCUCCGCGAUGCUGGAGCAGGAGGCCGAGAUGCAGCGCGGUGGUACUGCUGGCGACGAUCUGGAGGAAGUGGAGGAGCACGAGGGCAAGGCGUCGGCUGCGCUCAAGGAGCACAUACUGGAGGCUGCCACGGCUGCCGCCAACGAGGACGGGGAGGACGAGGAUAGGGCUGAGAACAAGAUGCGGGUCGUGAGAGCGCUGCAGCGCGCGGAGGUUGGCGGCACGAGGAAGCUGUUCUAUUUCUUUGAGCAGGCCGAGCCGGACCCGGAUGUCGUGGGCAGGAAGUUCCCCAGGGCCAAGGCGAAGGGCCCAUGGGCUAUCCUCGAUGAUGCCCAGGAUCGAGGGAGGCACUUUGCCAGCGGCUUCCCGUAUGACAUCCAGAAAAAGCUGGGGAACCUGCCGGAUGAGAUAUUCCUCUGGGUCCUGGACGAGCUGUGCUCCGAGAGGCGAAAGACGUUACAGACUGAAUAUGUCAGAUUGCUGAGCAUCUGCAACGACCAGACGACUCGCCUCGUCACACCAGCCCUCCUACAACAAUUGUUCAGACGGCUGGGCGCGACGAAAGACGUCGAUAAUCUCAAGAGCCCUGUUAUUUUGAGGGAGGAGACCUGGCAACCUUAUCCGGGUCGGGACUGGUCAUGCGUCGAAGGCAUGCUCGACUUGUUAGGGGCACUGGCCGGUCAUUUCACACCAAACACUCGCUCCACCGCGAUGCGGAUCCUGCUUCGCCUGGGCAUGGACAGCAUAGCCGUGGAGAAUUUCGGCUUCGCUCAGAGGUGGCGGCAGGCGGUGGACCUCAUUGCCCGCAGCGUGCCUGACAGGGAAUGGACCGCCUUCUGCCAGGAAGUCUGCCACUCGCUCUACCAGAGCUCCCCGAGGGCCACCAUGCGGCUGCGGGCUGUGGUUCUCCUCGGCCCAUCUACUUCUACCAAAGGCCAUUCCGUAUCCCUGCAGACACGCACGCUCGACCUUAAGCGGCGCCUUGCGUCGGUGUUCUUCUUUGACGACCUCCAGCGCGCGGACAAGCGGCCCGAGGACACGGUCAACAUCCGCGCUGUCAUCGACCGACUGGAGGCAGACGAGUUCCAGCUCAAUUCGAACACGGACUACAACGAGUUCGAGGCGCUGAUGAUGCUGCUCAACGCCGCACUGGGCGACGCGUCGAGGCAAGACGACCGGACGGGGAGGUCCGCCGCCAGCUUCGACGCCGAGGUCGACGAGCUGGCCGAAAAUCUGAAGGGCAUGCUGACGCGCGUGUCGCCGCUGAACAGGGGGCUUCAUGUGUCCAGGAUUGAGGCAAAGAAUGCGAUGGAGCUGAUACGCGAGCGGUUGCUGUAUCAGAUUAGGAUCAAGGAUGUCCCCAAGAAGAGCAUCUUUGGAACACAAGAGGAGGCUGAGGACUCCUCUUUACCGAAGCAGAGGGAUUUCAUGAAAGGGUUCUUCCUUAAGAAGGAAAACAGAGAGCCGAGCAUCAAGGUCGAUGCCGCGGACGCGGUUAUGGCUGGAUGA